AUGGCGGGAAUGGAGGGCGGUCGGGAUCGGGUGAACCGUGGAGGUAGAAGAAGUUUGCUGACCAGUUCUGCCAGGAAGAGGAAGGAGAAGGGCAAGUUCAGAAUGUCAACGUCACACUUGCUACAGUCGUCAAAGGGAUUAAGAUUUAAGUUGUCCGAUAACUACCACUACAAUCACCAUCUUCAUGCAGGCAGUCUGGUGGACACUAGUCACUGGGAGGAACCGGUCAACCUGGAACCCAAUAAAUGUGAAGUAACAGGCUACGUCAGUUUGCUACAAUUAGACUUUGCUGAGCUAAAGACGUACGACGAGGCUAGACAGACGUGUGCCGCAGACGGGGGACUACUGGCCAUGCCGAGGGACAACGUGACCAACACCUUCAUCCACAACCUGGGAGGAGGAGCUGGAAUACGCUGGAUCGGGCUGACUGACCUCGGGAACGAAGGCCAGUUUGUGUAUGAAGACGGCCAAAAUCUUGCGUCAUCCGGCUAUUCUAACUGGCAUCCCGGUGAGCCGAACGACGCCCACAAGGGCGAACACUGUGUCAUGAUGUUUAAUUCCAUGCACGGCUGGAAUGACGCAAUUUGCAGUCUCGCCAGGGGAUUCAUCUGUUAGCUAGGUAUGUGUUACUAUUGCACACCCUAGCGUGUUUGUAAGGUGCAGUAAAUGUGAAAAUUUUAACUCUUGUGCAUUACUGUAGGGUGGAUAAUACUAUCUAGUAGAUAUCAUUCUUUUAACAGAAUUAAAACGGCGUUAAAUGUU